AUAAAGAUUUUUUUUUUUUUUUGGUACUCACAUAACAGCUCUGUACUUCAUGCUACUUCCCCAAUAAAAUUGUAUUUUUCAUUCUGAUGUUGAAAUGAACAUAAACUGAAUUUGAUCUGCCCUGGAAAUAAAUGAAUUCUCAACUGGAGCAACAAAUAAAGCAACAGUGAAGUAUGGAUGACCAAGGGCAACAAUAAACUUUUUCUUUUAAAGAAAGAACUGGAAAAGUAUCAGGGUAUUAAAAACGUGUGGAUUUUUUUAAGCUUCUCCUGUUUCAAAUAAAGAUUUGUAUUAAAAUUACCCAGCAGCUGUCAGUGCUUGUGCCCAUGCUGAAGCUGUUUCCUUGAUCUUAGAGGAAAAGAUGGUGGUCAUGUAGAAUGUAGAUAUAAAACUGAAGAGAAACUUCUUUACUUGGAGGGCGACAGAGUGCUGGAACAAAUUGUCUAGAGAGGUGGUAGAGUCUACUUCUCUGGAGAUAUUCUGAAUGCCUCUGGAUGCUUUCCUGUGAAACCUACUGUAGGGAGCCUGCUUUGAGGGGGGGGAUUAGACUGAAUAACCUCUAGAAGUCCCUGCUAACCCCUGUGAUUCUGUGACAUUAUAACCUGCUUCUUCCAUUCAGCUGAUACUGUCAGAGUAGGAGAUGCUUCAGUCUUCAAACUCCUUUACUCCCAAGGAGUGCUCAUCUCCUGACUACCCAGUCUUGAGACAAAAGAAAGCAUAGGUCUGGGUACUUGUUUCUAGCCUUGAUCAGCAGGCCCCCAGGUAUGGCAGGUUCAAAGUCAGGUCAGCAAUGAUAGACUAACCUGGAAUACUAUACUUCACCGAUACGCAACCUGGAGGCAAUAUCCAAAGAUCCUGUGCAAGACUCUGCUGCAAUAUGCUGUGAGAUAAACUUCAAAUGUUUUACCCCGCAGUAAAGUAAAUCUGAAUAAUGUGCUGCCAACAGCAUUACUGGCAAGGUCAGUAUGCUACUAUCAGUGGCGUUUGUCAAGUAAAAGAAAACAAAACAUGAUGUGACAUUGGUUUCAAAAAAAUGAGACUGAUUACCAUUGCUUCUUCACUUUGGAACCUAGCAGAUAACAUCUUCUCUGAAAAUGGGCAAGUUAAUUUCUGUUUGUGGGGAAAAAGAAUUUCCCACAGGUGUCAGUGCAUAUUUAGUACAACUUUUAGCUAGGUGAGCGGUCUUUAAAAGUAGCCAGAGACUUGAGGUUUUUCUUAGCCUAUCCUCCCAUCUAAGUCUGUCACAUACGGAUAUGUCUCUGUUAGAAGAAGUUAACUGAGAAUGGAAAAUUGCUCACACAGCUCCAUAGCAGGAAAAAAACUCCGCAAUAGGAGGAGUUUGUGCUUAGAAAUUCAGCUUAAGUAGUUCAUGCAAUACCAUUCAUUCAUACAUAAAGUACAUGGAAUUAGUUGAGGGCACCCUUCAGUAUAGCUUCUGCACGCUGUGUUUAUCCCUGUCUUUCAUUCAUCCAAAGUAAACAAAGGGUUUUCAGUAAUGGGCUCUGCAUGGACUUGUGGAUAUUGACAGCAACAGGAAACCAGCUCUUGCAACACUUAAAAUAUUUGAGAAACUAAUUGCCAGGCUUGCUUAAUACUUGGUGUAAAAUGGUGAUGUCCUGUUCUAGCGCUACAGUGUGUUGGCAAUAGAACGCUCCUUGAUGUGACAUUUGCAGAACUCAGUUAAAAUAUAGAGUAAGUCAUGCCAUGUGUUGGUAUGCUGCAGAAUGGAUGCUAUUUCAGGUGUCAUUUUCUAAGUAAGGUUCUUCUAAACAGAACAGAUUGUUGUGAGAAGUUGCCCACUCAGUAGUAAUUUAGGCCUUUGCUUUUAGGAAAAAAAAGAAAAAAAAAAAAGAUGACUUUUGACCUAUUAAAUGAACUAUGAAUUUUGUAAUAAAAUUGACAUUCGUUGAACAGCCCCCUGCUCUGUGUGAGAUCAGAAAAAUUAUUGCUGCUGUAACGAUGAACAGUCUGCAUCGUGCCACAGAACAGCUGCACAGGGAUCCAUUUUCUCAGGAGGAGUGUGUUUCUAUGCAGUCACUAGGAAACGAGAUUUUUUUAAUGUUCCUUCCUGAGUCUGACUUGUAGACAUAUUUCAUUAGGAAGAUCAUUAAGGAGGAUCUUUGAGAAGGGAAACUGCUACUUAAAGACAUAGGCUCAGAAAGGACAAAGAGUUCAGACAGCAGAAUUUGUCUUUUGUUCUUAAGCACUUCUGUAGCAGUGGAGUCGUACCCCAGUCACCAGGUCCUUCUGAAUAUGAAGUGACUGGAUCAGAGGAGGUCAGAGCACUUUUUGUAUGUAAGACCUUGUGAUCUUUUGUUAGCUUAGAAGAGGAAAAACUUCUAAUAUUCUUGCGAGAUGGCUUUAGAAACAUGUGGAAGCUGUUUGAGCUGUCUGCUGGUACCUCUUGCGCUGUGGAGUAUUGUUGUUAAUGUCCUUUUAUACUUCCCAAAUGGGAAUGCUUCAUAUGUUGCCAGUUACCAGCAUCCCAGCUACGUGUGGUAUUUUGAAGGCAUCUGUUUCUCAGGUGUGAUGAUUCUUCUGCUGGCAGUAAUUCUCAUAGCACUGGAGUGUAACGCAUUCUAUCGGUGUUGCCAGAGUGAGAGCUGUAACAAAACCUACAGAAGUUUUAUUUCAGUUGUGCUAGCCAUGCUUGGAGUUGCUUUCUCUGGAUACAGUUGCAUCAUUUUUACCUUGGGGUUGAUCCAAGGCCCCUUCUGCAAUUCAUCAAGUGGAUGGGAUUACAUCUUCAAAGAUACUGCUGGAGGGUACCUCACAGAUUACUCUGCUUGGUCUCAGUGCACUGAACCUGCUAAUGUAGUGGAAUGGACCAUCAUUUUACUCUCUAUUCUGAUGACUCUUAGUGGACUGCAGUUGAUCAUCUGUUUUCUUAAAGUGGCUGCUGAGCUGAAACGUACACUGUGUGGGACCUAUUCUGUUUUUAUUCAGAAGCGAAACAGACCCCAAGCAACAGCACAAGAAGAAGAUUCCUGUAAGGAAUAUUAACUGACUUGAAAUCCAGAUGUACCUGACUGCUCUGAUGGUGAUGUCUGAGAUGUGACUGGCUCUCCAGCUGCAGCA